UGGAGGCGCACCUGGGUCCCGGCACCGCUCCGCGGGCAGGGCCGCGCUAGGCCGCGGGCGGUGAGGCGCCGCCACAGGCCCGGAUCCGGCAGGCCCGUGCCCGGGACGCCGCUGGGCGGCCCCGGCCGGCCGGCCGGCAAGAGGCGGCCGCAGGCCCCGCCUCUCCCCGCAGGCUCCUCGGCGGAAGACCGGGGCGGGCGCAGCCGCAUGCCGCCGGGGCCCGCAGGAGCCAUGAGCUCCCACCGCAGCGAGAGCGACUGGCAGGGGCUGGUGAGCGAGUAUCUGGUGUGCAAAAGGAAGCUCGAAAGUAAAAAGGAGGCAUUGCUAAUCCUUUCCAAAGAGCUGGACACCUGUCAACAAGAAAGAGACCAGUACAAGCUUAUGGCCAACCAGUUGCGGGAACGACACCAGUCUCUGAAAAAGAAGUAUCGGGAGCUGAUUGAUGGGGAUCCAUCCCUUCCGCCUGAAAAGAGGAAACAGGCAAAUCUUGCUCAACUACUGAGUGAGGCGCAAGAUCGAAAUAAACAUCUUGGAGAAGAGAUUAGAGAGCUUCAACAGAGACUGGGAGAAGUACAAGGGGACAAUAAGCUCCUUCGAAUGACAAUAGCAAAGCAAAGACUUGGAGAUGAUGAAGUUGGGGCUCGCCACUUUGCAGCACAUGAACGGGAGGACCUUGUUCAACAAUUGGAGACAGCUCGAGAGCAAAUCGAGACUCUGAGAUAUGAUCUUCAGGCUGCACUGGAUGAGUUACAGGAUGUGAAAGAGGAACGCUCUUUUUACCAAGAUAAGUCUGACAGACUAAACCAAGAACUUAAUCAUGUCUUAGGAGGGCAUGAAAACCGUAUCAUCGACGUAGAUGCUUUAUGUAUGGAGAACAGGUAUCUUCAAGAGAGAUUAAAACAACUUCAAGAGGAAGUCAACCUUCUUAAGUCUAAUAUUACUAAAUAUAAGAAUGCACUAGAGAGACGAAAAAAUUCAAAGACUCAUAGUAGAUCCAGUAGCAGUGCUCUGACUGGAGUCCUGUCUGCAAAGCAAGUCCAAGAGUUGUUGUCGGAGGAUCAUGGAUGUAGCCUACCAGCCACACCACAGUCCAUUUCAGAUCUCAAAUCACUGGCCACUGCAUUGCUGGAAACUAUCCAUGAAAAAAACAUGGUCAUACAACACCAAAGGCAAACCAACAAAUUCUGCCAUCUUGUGAGUAGUGACAUUCCCAGUAUGCUCAAAUGUCUGCAGCAUAAAACCCUUGCUGGAGAGCACACAGUGCAGUAUUACACAGCUCUGGUGAGCAUGGGAAGAAUUCUAGGGAAUCGGGUGGCAGAACUAGAAAAGAAAUUAAGAACUUUGGAAAUCGCUGGCUUGUGGAGUCUUCCAGGCCUGAGCUACAAUGUCUCAGUGGGAUUUGGGAGUGGAAAGGAUACCAUAACAUUCAGUGACCCAACCUUGCCUGUUAUACAGCAGUCCAGGUCACCGUUGUUAGCGUUUACUGAUAAGCCACAGAAAACUAAAGUACAAGCAGAACAAAAGGGAGAACGUGCUGAAACUUGUCCUGUUGCAAGUGCGUCCCUGGCUCCAGAGGGAACAAACUUAAGUAACAGAAACCAAACUAAACAUUUUUAUCCUUCAUUACCCCAGCUACCUUCUGAGGAAGAAGAAAUAAACAAGCUUGGAAGUCAGAUAAUUAAGCUGACAGAGCAGGCAGUUGCAGAACUGGAAGGGAAAAGAGCAGGCACUUCUGCAGGGGAGCAGAAGAGGGUGGUUGGAGCAGAGCUUAAUGGUUCAUCUGAGGGAGAGUUCCCACUUUCCAGCCCCGACCCAUCCAACCCCACAGAUCCCUCAAACUCAGAGAAUGAACAAACAGCUGAAACUGAGGCCCUGAAAGACAAUGACAAAACCUCAGAGAGCGAUUGUGAAAUUUCAAAUGAAAGAGGGGAUCGAAAUAGCAGCACCGUGGAUGAGGUGCAUACUGAGGACCCUGGAAGGCAUGGAGGGCUCAGUGUUACAACUGCACACACAAAUAACAGCUUUGAGGAGCUCCCUGAAUCUGAAAACAAGAAACCAUCUGAUCCUGCUGAAAACUGUGAAUAUUUGGAUAACAGUUUGGCUUGAGCUCAUCUCAUGAAAAUGCAGGGAGUUAUUUCACCAGACACUGAGAACCCAAUUUAAUGAAGCUCUGAAGGAAACAUCAUCAGAGAAGCCAGAAGUCUUUCUGUGAGCAACGGCAAUGCUGUUCCAAAGCAAGGAGAACGGCAAGAGGAGAACCAGUGAUGCGCUGUCCACCUACUUGGCUCUCUCAGUUACUGGAAUUGCAUUCCUCAACUUACAGGAGCUGGAACAGCCCUCGGGCUGAGUAUCGGGUGGUAGAUUUCAGCCUACUCCAUCCGUGCCCUCCUUUUUAAAGGAAUCUGUGUCUUUUUUAUUUUCUUAUGUUUUGGAAUUAAGGAUAACUGUUCCUUUCCUCCUCAUUUCACCAAUCUGUGGUGUGGUAGAAGGUUUAUUUGCACUGUUGCCGCUUUCUUAAACUUCUUCCCUUGUUGAUGUUUAGUCAUAGGAAAACACUUCUAUAAUAACUGGGGAAAAGGGAGGCUGCUGUGUCAUUCCCUAGCUUGCUCCUAAUGCUGGAGCUGUGCCACUCUGCUCCUAGGAAGGCAGCAACAAGGGAAUACUUCAUGUUGAAGUUAGCAGCUGUUGGAGAAGGAGAGGCAUGUCUUUGCUCUCCUGUUCGUAGCAUAAGGAAUAGUCUCUGCAGCUGCAGAGCUUCUAUGGGCCAGCAGCCGUCAAGGCAAUUUUUCUGCUGGCUUGGGACCUAAUUGUCUGUAAAUGUUCAUUUCUCACUCCUAGAACUUGAAACCAAUCAGAGAGAAUUAAACCAAAUUUAAUAAAAUACUACUAAUAAAAAGGAAAAUCCCUCCCAGAUUGAGUCCUUCUUUGACAAAUAACUGCCAGCUGCAAAUUUUUACAGCCCACUUGUCAGCUACUGAAUAAACAGAGUUUAUAUUAGCAAUACUGACAAACUCUUCUGUAUAUGGAAGAUGAGCUAGCAGGUGCUGCCAUAAUCAAGGUGUCAGAGUCCAUGAACAGUUUGUAUUCAGCAGAAGAAAAGCUGCAUGUAAAUUAUUACAUAUAAAUAUAAGGAAUGAUAGUGGGAAGGUGAAAAAUGUGGCUUGUCUCUGUUCUCAUGUGUUUUCCCUAGCAGGUGCAUUUGUGUAACCCUUUCCGCGUCUGUCUGCAGGCAAUAAAGCCAUACUCACACUGCUCUUCAAAGAUGUUUCCUUUCUCUUUAAAGGUAAUUUGACAUUGCAGCAUUUCACUGAUACUAAGCAGCAGCCCUUAGGAACAAAAACCAUCUGUAUAUUUAAGCAUAUUAGGGACAUGAAGCAGUAAAAAGUUUUUCUUUCAUUAUCCUGUCACCACUUAAGUUCCUCAUCACCUGAAAAACCAAGAAGAGCUUAAGUAUUUGAAAGAUUGUUAUGCUGUUCCCAUUAAUUGUAACUGACUGCAUUAUUGACUCAUUUAUAUGACAGUACUGACAAGUCAGAAGAGAAAUACCUGCAGAAACUGAAAUCUCCAGGAGAAUGUGGCAGGAUUUUUUCCUUUAAUGCUUGAAUGUCACAUGAAGUAGCAUUUUAUUCAAGAUAUAUUCUUUUCCAUCUUUCACAGACUAAUCCUGCGCAGAGCUAAAUAUCAAUGCAGUCAGAACUGAGGCAAGCAAAUAAGAAGGUCAAGAUUUCAUGUAGCUGAGCUCAGAAGUGUUGAGAGUGUUAUAUUGUUUCCCUGUCCUGUGUCUUUCCUGACCCACAGUUGUGUGAGUUAGCAUUUUGCUCCUGGUCCCUUAACAGCCAGUUAAUGCUAUUAAUUAAUGAAGAGCUUGGUGCAAAAAUUCGAGCAGGUAGAAGCAGUGCUGGACCAACAGCUUUUUAGUGCCUCAUUCAUUGAUUCUUUUUAGUAUGUUUUUUCUGUGAGAACAUAGAGAUAUACAACCCAACAAUUAGGACAUCUUGGUAAUUAUCCUCACACCAUUCUCCCUCUUAGAUGCCAUUUUUAUAUCUUUGCAAUCAUUAAAUUCCAGUGCGAUAUCUAGAUCUCUGGAAACAUCAUUUUUAGUGCUAUAUCACUGCUGCAAUACUGUCCCUCUCCUUUCUGCUCUGGUGAAUGUGUAUUCUAGCUAUGUUUUUAGCCUUUUCCCAGGAAGACAAGGCUUCAAAGCCAGGAGGCUUGUAGAAGUAAGACGUCUUUGCUGCGCUAUGUGCUAACUAAUUGAAUAUUCUUGUCAGUAUCUUCCUUGGAUAUUGCUUUAAUUGAUGUUGUUAUGCUAUUAGAAUGAUGAUUUUUUUUCCCAGUAAAUUAAUUGUUUUGUUGUGGAAUCAACACUACUUUAGGUUUUUCGGGGGCGGGGUGGGUUUGGUUGGUUGGUUUUGGGGGUUUUUUUAGAAAUGUGUUCCCUUUUUCUAGGACUUUAGAAAUGCAGGAAUUGCAUCCAUACAUAUAAGUGUUUUUGGUGUUGGGCUCUGGGUAAGCAAACUGGGAAGGGAAUGUUGUGGCAGGGGUAUGGGGAAGAUGCAUUUUGCAAACUGAUUUUAAGGAGGUUGUCUCACCUAAAAGUGAAUUCAUGUAUUAUCUGUGAGAAGGAUUUCAUUUGAAACUACGAUGUUGUGGUUAUUUGAAAAACAAUGUUCACUGAAUUUGUAAAAUAAGUGUGUGAAAAUGACAGAUUAAGAAGCAUCUUUUAGAAUGCUGCUUCUUUUCUAAGUGAGACUAUUUUUAAGCAUAUGGAAAUUUGUAUAAUAAAGACAGUGGAAUUUCUUUAAUCCAUAUGAGCUCAGGAAUGUAUUUCAAAAUCUUAACUGAGAUUAAGUUGAAAGUCUGCUACAUUUCUAAAAGAUAGGAUUUUGUUUACCAGCUUCUGUUUUGUAGCUUUACUUUCUAAAUUACGCAGUUUAAUUUAUUUGAAAUCUUUUGUUGCUGCCUGGAUUAACUGCCCAACACUGCACAACAUACAUUUUGUCAUCUUUAAUAAAAACAUUUCCUGAUA